AUGCCGGCUCUUAGCGGGCCGACGCGCGCGGGCCUCAUGGGCACCGUGCUGAGCUUCAGCCCGCGCGAGCGGCGCCCGCCCGCCGCCGCGCCGCCAGACCGCGCCGCGCUCGCCUACUCCUACGAGAGGCUGAACAACGCGAAGAACCGCGAGAACAGGGAGGCGCGCGACGAGCGGCGCGCCACCCUAGACGACGCCGCCAAGAUCAUAUCGGAGAAGAGCGCCCUCGAGAAGAACCUGAAGAAGCACUCGCUGUUCAUAAACGCCCUUUCGUGGAAGCGCUUCUCCACCGCGAACAACAACAAGAAGAAGCUGGAAUGCAAGGGCAAGAGCGUGGCGACGUUCCGCGCGCCGCUAGCGGACAACGCGCCGCUCGAUCGCAACAGGAACGUGGGUGGGGCGCCGCAGAGCAGGCCGCCGCCGGCGCCGCCGGCCCCCGAGCAACAGCGUGCCAACGCCCUCAACAACAACGUGUGCGAGAAGCCGCCGCCGCCGCGCAAGACCGUCAUACAGGCCUCCACGUCGGAGCUGCUCAAGUGCCUCGGCAUGUUCCUGCACUCGCGCUGCCACCGGCUGCGCGAUUUCCAGGCGGGCGACGCCGUCAUGUGGCUGCGCACGGUCGACCGCUCGCUGCUGCUACAAGGCUGGCAGGACGUGGCGUUCAUAAACCCGGCGAACGUCGUCUUCGUGUACAUGCUGGUCCGUGAGCUGGUGGACGGCGAGAGGAUAGCCCGCCCCCAGGAGCUGCAGGCGGUCGUGCUCACCUGCCUCUACCUGUCCUACUCCUACAUGGGCAACGAGAUCUCGUACCCGCUCAAGCCGUUCCUGGUGGAGGACUCCAAGGACAAGUUCUGGGACCGGUGCCUGUUGAUCGUAGACCGGCUUUCCUUCAACAUGCUGAGGAUUAACUCGGAGCCUGGAUUUUUCACUGAAGUGUUCACGGAGCUUAAGGCGUGCGGGGUGGUGGAGAGCCCGCCUCCCGCGCCCCCGCACCCCGCCCCUCCGCCCCCCCUCCCCUUGUCGGCCGCC